AUGGAACCGUUUACGUCGAGUAUCAACCUCUUGCUCUGGGUUUUGACGCAGAUGACGUUGGGUCCUACCGCUGGAACUUCAACCAUCUCGCCUCCGCCCAGCGGUACCGGUGAAUGCGUGACGACAAUCAUCGUGACCGUUACCGGCGGUGCCAUGACGGAAACAGUUCUAGGACCUACUCUAGGAACGUCAACCGUCUUACCCGCGUCCGGGUGCAUUACCGGCUGCGUCACGAGAGUGUUCGUCACAACCACCGGCAUGCUGGUCACUCAAACUACUCUCGGCUCCAGUGCAGGAACCUCCACGAUAUUGCCGGCUCCGGGAUGCAUUAGCCAUUGCGUCACCAGUGUUGUCGUCACCGUCACCGGCACUCUCGUGACCAAGACCAUUCUCGGUCCAGUGGCCGGCACGACAACCGUCACCCCGACUCCUGGGUGCAUUACGGGCUGUAUAACCACCAUUUUCGUCACGGCGACAGGUAAAGUCACGACAGUGACUACCCCCGGGCUGUUGCCUGGGACCACGACGAUCCUACCCGAAUCUGGAUGCAUCACAAGCUGUACGACAAGCGUUGUCGUGACCGUCACAGGGGGGGUGACGACCUUUACCACCCCGGGACCAACGGCCGGGACGACAACAAUCACGCCGAAACCCGGGUGCAUUACGAGUUGCACGACAACUGUCAUCAUCACCGUUACCGGCGAGCAUGUGACGGUGACUACCAUUGGUCCAAGCCCAGGCACGACGACGCUGGCACCGCCUCCUGGCUGCAUCACGCAUUGCACGACGACUGUAAUCGUCACCAUAACCGGCGGAGUCGUGACUCGGACCACGCUUGGCCCAACGCCAGGCGCUACAACAAUGUUGCCGCCGGCCGAAUGUGUUACGAAUUGCAUCACGACCGUGGUCAUUACCGAAACGGGGGCCAUCAAGACGGUGACCACGUUGGGAACAAUGACCGGCACUACGACAAUUUUGCCGGGGCCUGGGUGCGUCACGAGCUGCACGACGAGUGUCAUCGUCACCGUAACUGCCGGGCUUGUCGUCAAGACGACACUUGGUUCCAGUCCAGGUACCCAGACGAUUGUGCCUCCCAGUGGAUGCAUUACAAGCUGCACCACCACCAUCAUCCUCACGCAAACUGGCGCCAUCACCACCAUCCUCACGCCAGGACCAUCUCCCGGUACGACGACGAUCUCGCCGGUAGCCGGAUGCAUAUUGGACUGCACGACGAGUGUCAUCGUCACCGUGACCGGUGGAAUAGUAAUUCGAACCACCGUAGGUCCUUCUGCGGGAACUACGACAAUAAUGCCCCCCGGUGGCUGUGUUGAAAGUUGCACGACGAGCAUCGUAGUCACGGUAACCGGGAGACUGGUAACAGAAUUGACCUUGGGUCCAAUUCCGGGCACUACAACCAUCACACCAAGCAUCGGGUGUAUCACAAGCUGCACUACGAGCGUCAUCAUAACCGUGACAGGCGGAAUCAUUACAAAGACUACUCUUGGACCAACUGCCGGCACCAGGACGGUCUUGCCCUCCACGGGGUGUAUUACAAAUUGCAUCACGAGCGUUUUUGUAACACAAACUGGAGUAAUUACUACGGUCACUAGCUUGGGCUCAACUGCUGGCACGACGACAAUCCAGCCAGAGUCCGGAUGCAUUACAAGCUGCACCACAAGAGUCGUCGUAACGGUUACUGGUAACCUUCUUACCAGGACUACUCUUGUUCCAAGCCCAGGCACUUCAACAAUCUUGCCACCAGCGGGAUGUGUGACGAGUUGUACUACGAGCCUUGUCAUCACAGUAACUGGUCUAUUCACAACAGUGACAACACUGGGGCCAAGCCUUGGUACCUCGACAAUCUUGCCGGUGCCUGGCUGUAUUACCAGUUGCACGACUAGUGUUAUCGUUACGGUUACCGGCAGAGUUGUUACUGAGACGACAAUUGGUUCCGUCAAGGGUACAACCACAAUUGCUCCCCCCCCUGGGUGUGUUAACGACUGUACCACGACAGUCAUUGUUACUCAGACCGGAGAGAUCACUACAGUAGUAAUAGUCGGACCAAUUGCCGGUACGACGACAAUCCCGCCAUCAUCGGGAUGUAUUACGGACUGCACUACCAGCGUAUUCGUUACCUUGACGGCCGGAGUUGUUACCAACACAAUUAUUGGCGCGACACCAGGUACUACAACGGUUUCCCCAUCCCCCGGAUGUACAACAGGUUGCAUUACGACCAUCAUUGUUACGCAGACUGGUGCAGUGACUACGAUAACAACACUAGGUCAAUCCCCAGGCACCACGACUGUGCAGCCGGCACCUGGAUGCAUCACCAGUUGUACGACGCGCGUCUUUGUUACUGUUACGGGUGAUGUCGUCCGCACGACGACCCUUGGCCCAGUCCCGGGUACUACGACGGGUUUACCGGCGCCAGGAUGCAUUACGGGUUGCACGACGAGCGUCUUUGUUACCGUAACUGGCGAGCUGGUGACAGUUACUACCAUUGGUUCAACGCCAGGCACCACGACGAUGCAUCCAUCAUCAGGAUGUAUUACGGGCUGUACGACGAGCGUCUUUGUUACCGUAACUGGCGAGCUGGUGACAGUUACUACCAUUGGUUCAAUGCCAGGCACUACGACGAUUUCCCCAUCUUCGGGAUGCAUUACUAGUUGCACGACCAGCGUCAUCGUAACAGUUACUGGUGCACUCGUUACUUCAACGAUGCUCGGCUCUACUCCAGGAACAACAACGAUAGCGCCGUCCCCUGGGUGUAUUACUAGUUGCACAACUACGGUUAUUGUUACGCGAACUGGCAUGAUUGUUACGGUAACAACCCCUGGGCCGACCCCCGGUACCAUUACCAUUCCGCCAGACCAAGGGUGUACUGCAGACUGCACCACCAGUGUCAUUGUGACCAUAACUGGCGGCAUUGUAACUAUAACAAGUCUUGGUCCUACCCUCGGCACCAGCACGAUUCCCCCGCCAAGUGAGUGCAUCACAAAUUGUGUCACGACCAUUGUCAUUACCCAAACAGGUGCAAUCACAACAGUCACGACGCUAGGAUCGAUUCCGGGCACGACAAUGAUCUUGCCGGAGCCCGGAUGUAUUACGAGCUGUACAACUAGUGUCAUCGUUACCGUUACGGGCAGACUCAUUACCAUAACGACUCUUGGCGCAACCGUGGGAACUUCAACUAUUUCGCCUCCACCUGGAUGCAUCGAGAGCUGUACCACAAGCGUCAUAGUCACAGAGACUGGCAUCAUCACUACUCUGUUGACAUUGGGAGACGAACCUGGCACAAUAACCAUCACACCAUCCUCGGGAUGCAUCACUGAUUGUACGACCAGCGUUGUUGUAACGGUAACCGGCGCACUGGUUACUGUAACAUCAAUCGGCCCAACCGCAGGCACCUCGACAGUUGUGCCUCCUACUGGAUGCACUACCAGCUGUACAACGAGCAUAAUUGUCACGCAAACUGGUGAUAUUGUUACCAUCUCAACGCCGGGACCAACGCCCGGCACCACUACAAUUCUUCCGUCAUCGGGGUGUAUCACUGAUUGCACAACGAGUAUUUUCGUUACUGUAACAGGUGCACUAGUCACAACAACAGUAUUGGGUUCAGCAGCGGGAACUACAACGAUUCCACCUUCAUCUGGGUGUAUAUCAAGUUGUACUACGACCAUCAUUGUCACCCAGACUGGUGACAUUAUUACAAAUACAACUUUGGGACCAACGGCCGGCACCACGACUAUCGAGCCAUCCUCAGGAUGCAUCAUUGACUGCACGACGAGCGUAUUGGUAACCUUGACAGGUGCAUUGGUUACGGUAACAAGCCUGGGUCCAACCGCAGGGACCACUACCAUCGAACCUUCCUCUGGAUGUAUCACAAGCUGCACUACGAGCAUUAUAAUUACGCAAACUGGUGAAGUAACUACAGAAACUGUAUUGGGAUCAACUCCUGGAACGGCAACCAUAUUACCUUUGCCCGGCUGCAUCACUAGCUGUACUACUAGCGUCUUUGUUACUGUUACCGGCCAACUUGUAAUCAUGACUAUUCUGGGUUCAACGCCGGGUACUACAACCAUUGUGCCGCCCUCUGGAUGCAUUGCAGACUGCACUACGAGUAUUAUUGUAACCCAAACCGGUGGCGUUACUACGUCUACUAUGCUAGGUGUGCUGGCCGGUACUACGACCAUCCUCCCACCAUCAGGAUGCGUCACUAGUUGUACGACAAGCGUUAUUGUAACGGUGACUGGGGAACUCGUUACAUCAAUAACACUUGGCCCAACCGCAGGUACCACAACCAUUAUGCCAUCAUCAGGAUGCAUCGAGGACUGCACGACAAGUAUCAUCAUUACCCAGACUGGAGUCAUUACAACUAGGACAAUUCCAGGGCCGACACCGGGCACUGAAACGAUUCUGCCUACCUCUGGAUGUUCUACGAGCUGCACAACUAGCGUCGUUAUUACAAUAACCGGCAGACUUGUAACUGUUACAACCCUUGGUGAAACCAGGGGUACUACAACCAUCACGCCGCCGCUUGAGUGUAUUGGAGACUGUACAACAAGCGUCAUCGUCACGGAAACCGGUGGCAUCACUACUGUAACAAUGCUGGGAUCUGUAGCAGGAACAACAACCAUCACUCCAGCGCCCGAAUGCAUUAUAGAUUGUACAACAAGCAUUGUCAUCACCCGAACUGGUGAACUCGUUACCAGAACGACUCUUGGUCCAACAGCCGGCACGAUAACUGUUGUCCCAUCCUCUGGGUGCAUCUCCGACUGCACUACAAGCAUCAUCGUUACACAGACUGGCGCCCUUACUACCAUUACAACUCUAGGAUCCGCCCCCGGUUCGUCGACAAUUUUGCCAACUUCUGGUUGUAUAUUGGGCUGCACGACUAGUGUCAUCAUCACUGUAACCGGCGAUGUUGUGUCUAGAACGACACUUGGUCCGAUUGCAGGAACGAUAACCAUUCUGCCAUCCUCUGAGUGUAUUGGACCACACCAGGCACUACAACAAUACAGCCUUCUCCGGGAUGCAUCAUUGGCUCACAACAAUUGGUCCAAUGCCGGGGACUACAACUAUCAUGCCACCUUCUGGGUGCAUUACAAGUUGUACUACGAGUGUCAUCGUCACCCAGACUGGCGCCGUAGCUACAGUUACAACAAUAGGGUCAGCUCUGGGUACCUCCACGAUUCUACCAUCAGCAGGAUGUAUCACCAGCUGCACAACUAG